GGUGGGGGGGGGCGCCUUAGCGACCCGGCCUUUCCUUUAGUUUUUCCCUUUCUCGCCCCCGCGGAGGCUUUCCGGAAGGGGCUUGCGCGGGGGAUCUGGUGCUGAAGUGGCCGAGCUGUCGGGAGGGGGCUGAGUGGGCGCUUCGAGGACCCAAGAUUGUCUAAAGCCACAGGGAAAAUGGUGGAAAAUUCACCGUCGCCAUUGCCAGAAAGAGCGAUUUAUGGCUUUGUUCUUUUCUUAAGCUCCCAAUUUGGCUUCAUCCUGUAUCUCGUGUGGGCAUUUAUUCCUGAAUCUUGGCUAAACUCCUUAGGAUUAACCUAUUGGCCUCAAAAAUACUGGGCAGUUGCAUUGCCCGUCUACUUCCUCAUUACUGUAGUAAUUGGUUAUGUACUCUUAUUUGGAAUAAACAUGAUGAGUACCUCUCCACUCAACUCCAUUCAUACAAUCACAGAUAACUAUGCUAAAAAUCAACAGCAGAAGAAAUACCAAGAAGAGGCCAUCCCAGCAUUAAGAGAUAUUCCUAUUAGUGAAGUAAACCAAAUGUUCUUCCUGGCAACUAAAUAACUUUAUGCCAAAAACUAAAUUGUAUGUAGACUAACACUGAGCAUUUACUAUAAUUUUUUAUAUAAUAAUUUUGACCAUAAUUAUUUUGACUCUCUCGUACCCAAUAUUGAAAUGUAAACAAAGUAAGUUGAUUCUUUUAGAUUAAGUUAUAUUAAUAUUAUAAAAGUUCUUGAGUAUUAGUUAUUAACAGAAUAAAUAAAAUACUGCAUUACCAUAUAGCAGACUUGUUAAAAAAAAUAAGUAUCAGUAAAAACAAGAAGUCCCUCCAGAGAAGCAUUCAUGUUAUGAUUUUUAAAUGGCAAUUAUGUCCUUCCUGCUGUUUUUUUCUUAGAGGCUAGAAUUCAAACUCUUAGAUUUGGGAGAGGGGUACAUUGAAUUUGUGUGUUCUUGCAUCAUAUUUGUGUCUAAGAAAGAAACAUUUGUUGAGUACUUACUACAUACCAGGUAUUUUUCUAGAUAUAGCAAUGAUAAGAUUCUUUCUAAAAGAGCCUACAUUUCAGAAGCAGAUUGAAACAGACUAAGCAAAUAAGCAAAUAUUAUUUGACGAGUGCUAUG